AUUUCUCAUCUUUCCUCUCAAACCCACCAAUGUCUUCCCAUUUUCAACUAUUUGAAACUUGAAUUUCUUCAAAAAGACUCAAUUUUUUUUCUCUCUUUUCAGUUAAAGUUGUGUUUUUUAUUUUUAUUUCAAACUCCUGUCUCCCAUGUCGACACCUUUUGUUCAACAGCCACCAUCCAUAGAAAUAACCCAGCAAGCAUACACCACCCAUUUGGAUCACGGGUCGGUUGGACCUGUCAUAGCGGUUCUAGCAGUCAUCACCGUCUUAGGUGUCAUUGCUGGCAUGAUUGGUAGGCUCUGUUCGGGUCGUCGGAUCAUGGGUCACGGAGAGUUUGAUGUAGAAACUUGGAUUGAGACCAAAUGCUCCUCUUGUGUCGAUGGCAGAAUCGCACCACCUCCUCUUCCACCUCCUCUGCCGCCGGAACCUGUCAUCCAGGACUUGUCGUCUGUCCAAGCCCCUCAAGAGAUCAAAGUAGAACAACAUCCAAGGCAAAACUUACAUGCCCACAGUGAUAGUUAAUUCACUACUAUUUCCUAGUUUAAGGUAGUCCUAGCUUAUUGUUGAUAUUAUAUUUGAAAAUGUUAAAAAGAAAGCACUUGGAUCCAUCAAUUUAGGCAGUGACAUGUUAUUUUUCAAU